AUGCGGUGCCAGAGUUCAAACACUCCACAAACCUGCUCGCUGGGCGGGCCCAGAUCCAGGUUCGACUGUAGAUGGGCAGUCAAUGGCAGCACAACGGACUCGGGGAGGCCGUUGGUGGCGCAGAAAGCUCGAGCUGCGUCCUCGGGGUCGUCACCGAGCCGGACCUCGACCCUGCCUGUCACACCGUCCCCAAUGUCCACCGUCGUGACGAGGAGAACGGGGCGGGGAUCUUCGAGGCUCUUGGUCUCCUCGGAUUCCAUUCUGGAUGGUGUUGUGCCUCUCCGCUGA